GUCCUAUCCUGCGUGCGAAAUCCAAUUCAUUCACCUACGCGUCCCGCACCUUCGGAUCCCGCGCCGUGCGCAGGUGAAGGUCCGGCGGCCAGGGGGCAGCCAUGCAGCCUUCCGCCGUGCGCGGCGCCCCGCAGUGGCUGCGCGGCCUGCUGUCGGAGGAGUUCUUCGACGCGUGCGCCGUGCACCCGGCGGAGCGCAAGAACGACAAGAACCACUUCUGCGCCGACUGCGCCGCCGCGCUCUGCCGCCACUGCCUCCCCCACGACCCCUCCCACAACGUCCUCCAGAUUUGGAAGUACGCGUCCUGCUUCGUCGUCCGCGUCGACGACCUGAAACUGUUCGAUUGCACCGGCAUCCAGUCGCACGCGGUGAGCGACCACGAGGUGGUGUUCCUGAACGAGCGCACGGCGAGGAAGCGCUCGGCCAGCGCGGAGAACCCCUGCGCCGCGUGCGCGCGGCCGCUCUCGUCGGGGCACGACUACUGCUCCCUCUUCUGCAAGGUGAAGCAUCUUGGGGAGAGCGAUCGGGGGCUGAGAUGCGCGUUGCGCGUGAGCCGGAAGGCCGCCGCCGCCGCCGUCGGGGAGGAUGCUGCUGUGCUGGAGCCGCAUAACGGGAAGCGGCCGAGGGCGCCGUCGUCGGAGGCGGGGCCGAGCUGUGGCGGGCCGUCCCGGAAGCGGAGCCGGAAGCAGCUCCUGCCGGCUCGCUCGCCAUUCUGUUGAGGAGGUGCGCCGGCAUGUUAGACGGUUGUGAUUGCGCUCUGUUGUUGUUCUUCGUUAUGUUUAUGUUGAUUCUUUUUCCAGAGCUGCGCGCGAUACUGUGUGGGAUUCCUUGGCGGUUGUAUUGAGUGGGUUUUUAUUUAACAGGCAUGAGUAGGAACUGAUAUCACUGAUUCAGAUCGAGAGUUGAUUUUUGUUCUUAA